AUGAAAUUAGAUUAUGAUCAAGUCUUAGAGGAAGCGAUUUCUACUGAACGUUCAGCGCCCUUGCCUCUCGAGACUCCUGAAUGUUUUAAAAUUUCCACCAAGAAAUCUGGUAUAGAACAUAUAUUGAUUUAUCGAGGAGUAAGAGAAGGAAUUACUCCCUUGGAACACUUUGAAAAAUAUUUAAAACGCGUACAAGAUAUAGAAACAGAAACAGAAGACGAAGAUGCCCCCUCGUCGACAGGUUUAAGUGCUACAAAGAAAGAGAUUAUGGUUCAAGCAAUAUUAGACAUUGCUAAUGUAACAGCAGAUCAAAUAUUUUCACGUAACUUCCCCUAUUCUCUAUAA